AUGUCCGCCGCCGUCGCUCCUUUUCCCUCCUUUCAUGAAGGAAAUAUAAAGAACUGGUUCCUGCAAAUGGAAGCUAUCUUUACAGUCAGAAGGAUUACUGACCAAAAGACAAAGUUUGGCCACGUGGUGGCGGUUUUGCCACCCGCCAUUGUUGAUGAGGUCUCAGACUUCCUAGAAGCCGUUCCUGAAGUAGAACCCUACGCCCGGUUAAAAGAAGCGAUCUUAAGGAGAAUGGGCCGUACGGAGGAAUCAUUAAUCCGGGAACUAUUUAGCAACCUAACUUGCGAUGGCAGGACUCCCUCCCAACUCCUUCGUUAUAUGAAAAGCCGACUCGGCAAAAAUACCAUGGCUGACUCUAUAUUAAAAAGCUUGUGGCUGGACCGUCUCCCCACCACCAUUACCCAAAUUUUGGCGCCAAUGUCCGAAAACACCUCGAUCGAUCAAUUAGCGGACGCCGCUGAUCGUAUUUUCUCGCAACUGGAUAAUCAGACAAUGCCAGUACACAAUGCUGAAGCGACUAGGGACCACAGCUCCUUGGAAAAAACAGUCGAGGAUUUGCAGCGCCAAGUUAAAGAUUUAACAUUAGCUCUAGAAAGCCAGGGUCGAAGCCGGUUCCCUUCCCGCCGGCGCUUCAGAAGUCGACCACGCUCGUCAAGUCGGAACAAGGAUGCCACUCCUACUAUGUGA